AAUGUUGGAAUAGAAUAAAUCGCAUCGUCGCAAAACAAUGUCGUUAUUGAUUUUGUAAAAUGAGUCAUUAAUUGUGUACUGCAUGUGUUUCACAAGCAUCUGAAUUUGGGAUGUUGGUUGGAAUAUGAUGUUUAAGUCAUGAACGUGUACACUUUACGGCGGUUCAGGCUGCGGUGGAGGAGGAUGUCCGAGGUUGCCAGGGGAGCCGGCGCGACCCCCUCCACCUUCCACAAGCGGCUGCUGGUGACGGGCGGUGCCGGCUUUAUUGCAUCGCAUGUGAUUAUUUGCCUGUUGGAAAGAUAUCCAGAUUAUUUGAUCAUAAAUUUAGACAAGCUUGAUUACUGUGCAAGCCUAAAGAAUUUGAAAGCAGUUUCCAACAGAAAAAACUACAAAUUUAUACAGGGUGAUAUUUGUGACGAAUAUUUUAUGAAGCAAUUGUUUGGAACUGAAAACAUUCAUAUAGUUCUACAUUUUGCAGCACAGACUCACGUUGAUAAGUCAUUUUGGUGCUCCUCAGAAUUCAAAAACGUGAAUAUUUAUGGUACAGAAAUCCUAGUGAAAGCUGCUUAUCAGGCUAAUGUUGAAAAAUUCAUUCAUGUUAGUACUGAUGAAGUCUAUGGAGGAAGUGUUGAAGAGGAAUUCAAUGAAACAUCACCCAGAUGUCCCACAAAUCCCUAUGCAGCAACAAAAGCAGCAGCUGAAUGUAUAGUUUUGUCCUAUUGGGAACAUUUCAGGUUUCCUGUUAUUGUGACCAGAAGUAGUAAUGUUUAUGGACCACAUCAGUAUCCAGAAAAAGUUAUUCCAAAAUUCAUUGCUUUAUUACAACGUAACCAAAAGUGCUGUAUUCAUGGAACAGGAAUUCAAGCACGCCAUUUUCUCUAUGCCACAGAUGCUGCUGAGGCGUUCCUCACAAUCCUUGAAAAGGGUGAACCUGGUGAGGUGUACAAUAUGGGCACAAACUUUGAGUUGUCAAUUUUUCAACUUGCCAAAGAGUUAGUUCACCUGAUUAAAGAAAUUGCUUCAGAAUCUGAAUUUGAACUUUGGAUUGAUCAUGUCAGUGACAGACCUUCUAAUGACCUGCGAUAUCCAAUGAAUUCAAAAAAGCUGCAUAGACUUGGAUGGAAACCCAAAGUAUCUUGGGAAGAGGGAAUUAGAAAGACAAUUAAAUGGUAUGAAACAAACUUCAACAACUGGUCAGAUGUAGAAUACGCAUUGGCUCCCUUUCCAUCAUCAGCGCUUCAAAAAGGAUGCCAGCAUUUAUAAUAUUUAUUUAGAUGUCAGCAAUUCUACCUCGUUAGCAGCUACAAAUGGAUCUUUUAAUUUGUCACGAAGAACACAAAAGUGGCUAAUGCCAAAGUACUGUAAUUUGUAAAGUUAGUUCACCUCUUUCAAAUAUAAGAGGAUUUAUUUCAUGUGUGGCAAUAUUUAAGUAUUCAAAUCGCUGUAUUAAGAACCUGGUGAUUUGUGGAUAGUAAAAUUGAAUUCAAACUAAUAUAAUCAUGUAAACUGGAUAAAUAAUGUACUUCAGGAAAGAAAAUAGACCACUCCUUCAGCUCCCUAUACUUGGCCAGUCCCACAUUUCUUUUUUGAGUAUGAAUGUCAUUGGGACUACGGUGACAGUAAAUACGAUAUAAGGAUUUUGGCCCGAAACGUUGCCUAUUUCCUUCGCUCCAUAGAUGCUGCUGCACCCGCUGAAUUUCUCCAGCUUUUUUGUGUACAAUACGAUAUAAGGGUUGUCUACAAAUAUUUUCGUAAUUUGUUUUCUUAUCAUGUAGUCAUGGAGCUAUACAGCACAAAACAGGCAUUUUGGCCUACUUUGUGUUCUGGGCUAGUCUCAUAUGCCUGCAUUUAACCCAUUGUCCUCUAAAUCCUUCCUCUCCAUGUAUCUGUCCAAAUGUCUUUUGAAAGUCUGAAUUAUAUCUGCUUCUAAAGCUUCCUCUGGAGCUCAUUCCAGGUAUGGACUGCCCUCCGAGGGGAAAAAGAUGCCCCUGAGUUUCCUCUUACAUCUCUCCCCUCUCACCCUAAACCUUUAGUUCUAGAAUCCUCCACCUGGCAAAAAAGAUUCACUUUAUCCAUGCCCCUCAUGAUCUUGUACACCUCAAUAAAAUCACCCUUCUUAUGCUCCAAA